AGGAGAUCCUGUGAUAGAGCCUUCCUCCCCUUCACACUGCCUCCUGCCAACCCAUCGGCACGAGCGCGGGGAUACAGCAGCACCAUUUGAUCCCUCCUUUCGGCUACCCACAGCAGUCAUACAUUUGGUACUCUCGUUUCUAAACGGAAGAGAGCUGUGCAUUUGUGCCCAAGUCUGCUGCGAGCUGUACGAGUGCUGUGACUACCCACCUUUGUGGGAGGGCGCCGGCAGGGCAGCUUAUCCACACGCGGAAAAGUUGGGCACGACCAACUUAUACAGCGGAGAAUGGAAGACACUAUUGCGGGACAGGAACCGUCGGGAUCGCUCGGUGCUUUUUGAGUGGGAAGUCACGGAUUGCCUCCGCAACACCAACCGGCGCUUCUCCCCCACGUUCACGUUGGGAGCCUACUCCUUCCAACUCAUCGUCGAUCCGAGUGGUAAUCCUUACGUGCCGCUCGCAAAACCAGGCGUGUCCGUCUACCUGACCUGUAGCCCCACUCAGUACAUGCGUGGACUAGCCCCUUCCGGUCGCAUGUGUGUGGACCCGGCGGCCGACGAGAUGCCGUAUCUGAACCCCGCCGACAGCCGCGCGGAGGACGUGUGGGAAUGCGCGGUCGCCUUCACCUUGGCCAUUGUCAACCAGACGGGCGCACGUCGUGACCUGCCCUGGUCGUCCAACCUUCUCCACGACCGAUUCCGGCCUCAUUGCCGGGAGUGGGGGGUCCACAGGCUAGUUUCCUUGCGGCGACUGCAGGACUCUGCCAACGGAUAUUUGAGCGAGACGGGGAGCAUCAAAGUGGAAGCGUGCCUCCGGCUCGCCUGUUUGUCUCUGAAAGUGUUUACCUCGGACGGAAUGCGGGAAUACGCUGGGUUUGGGCUGGCGAAUGUCCACGCCCCGGCCCCCGCCUUCUCGCGCGGAGGGACCCGUUCCUUCUUGCAGCCUCCCCCCCGGCCCAGGCACCUGGCCAGCACGGAUGCCUUCCCUCCAUCCCCAGACACAUACACGACCAGCUUGCUGACAACCACCACGGCCUUAGAUCCUGUGUUGGCGGUGCCCCCCCUCCCUUCCUACGCCGUGCUCCUCCCGGAGGCGGACGGUAUGGAGGAAGAAAUGGGGGAGGAGUUGGGAGAGGAGUCGAAAGAGGAGGCAUGGGGGAUGGAGACAGGAGAGCCAGUGAACUCCUCUCCUCCCUUUUCCCCCGAAUGUACAGCAGACCGGCCCCGCUCCAACCGUCCUUCUCCUUCCUGCCACCCCUUUCCCGCCUCCACGACGCCCUUCUGGGGGUACGAGGUCUUCCAAUGCAUGACCGUUGCCGCUUUUCGCGCCAUUCUUGCCAAAGACCUCAAUCUCUCUUCGCCCAACCACCUCCGUCUCUGGAUCGUGACCCAGCCCUGGGCGGAUUCGCCGGCUGCCCCGCGCGAGUUGAUACGGACCGUUCCCCUACCCGAUCACCCCGCCUUGCCCGACGACUUCAAUUACGAAGAGCUGCCUCUGUCCGUUCUGGAGGAGCACCAGACAUUAGCCAUG